AUGGCUCAGGAGAAGGAAGCGAUUGGCGCAAUGGAGUGGAAGAUAAAAAUGGCUGGCGGGUCAUCUGAAAGUUUGGCUCCCACCAGAGCACGAGGGUGCCCCGGCAUAGCCUGGCUUGCUUUAAAGGGUCUGGUGGUAGGAUUGGUUAUGAAAGUAUGGAACUUUCUGAAGAAAGCUUGGGACAUGGGACACAAUGAGCCUAGAAAGGUGAUCCAUUGCCUCAAAGUUGGGGUGGCCCUCACAGUUGUUUCACUCUUUUACGCCAUGAGACCUCUAUAUAAAGAUGUGGGAGGAAAUGCCAUAUGGGCAGUUAUGACAGUUGUGGUUGUCUUUGAAAAUACCGUUGGUGCAACAUUAAGUAAAAGUAUGAACAGGAUUUUUGGAACAUUUCUUGCUGGAUUUCUUGCCAUCGGCAUCCAUUGUAUUGCGGAUCGAUUCGGGAAAGAUAUUGAGCAUUUCAUCACUGGAUUUUCAGUUUUCUUAUUAGCUUCUGCAGCAACCUUCUCGAGAUUUAUACCCUCGGUGAAAGCCCGAUUUGAUUACGGUGCCAUGAUCUUCAUCCUCACAUUCAGCUUAAUUUCGGUGUCGGGUUACCAGGUGGAUCAGUUAUUCGACCUGGCCAAACAUAGAAUGUCGACUAUCAUCAUUGGAACUUCCUUGUGCAUUGUCAUAACCAUGAUCAUUUGCCCCAUUUGGGCUGGGGAGGAACUCUACAUGCUCAUCACUCGGAACAUGGAAACGCUUGCCAAUUCCUUAGACGGUACAAAAUUUAAUCCAAUCCCAACAAGUUUAGGACAAUUUAAUCCCAACUUGUGUAGUUGUCCCAGGACAAUUUUGCUGACAGUAUAA